UAAAGGGGUGUCUCACGUGCACUAUCUAGUUCAACUCUGCCAUUCUCCUACCUUCCGGCCGCGGUGAAGUGGCUUCAUUCAUUCCAGCACCGUCUCCUCUUACCCAUCUUCUUCUUCUCUUCUCCCUCUUCAACCCCCAAGCUGACAGCUGGCUCUACCACUCGCGCGCUUCUCAACUUGAAACCUUACCCCUUCCUACCAUUGGUGUCCCAGUCCAUGGGCUCUAGAUUCUUCAUACCAACUUCUUUUAGUGUCGCGUCGCAACCCAUUCGGAGUCCAUGACAUCGCCCGGAGAUGCUGCUCCGGUCAAGCCUCCGCCGUCAUUCUCGCCCGGUGUUCCGCGUGUCGCUUCUAAGACGAGGUAUCCAAAUCAGCGCCGCGACUCUUCCCCGUCUCUGAAUGCAGACCUGGUAAAUUCCAGGGUCGCAUCCCCACCCCCACCUCUCUCCUCCACGACAUCGGAUCUCCCCAUUCGGUCCGCGUCACCACUCACUCCGUCCUUUCGAUCGUCAACCCCCCAAUUAGCCCGAUCCUCACUCGGGUCCCCCGUGGAUGGCCGGUUCGAAGGCUCGGAGGAGAUACGCUCGCUGAUUAUAAGGUCGUUUUCGCCUGUAGUCGGAGUUUACGCAUCAGCGGACACCGAUGAAUUAGUACGGCAAAAGGGGUUCGCGGGGGGCUUCUGGGAAUUGAUCCGGCCAUUUGGCGAGAAUAUACCUGGAAAGCUUGUCAUUCGGGACAGUGUUGGAGCGAGUCGGAGCUGGGAGGAUUAUGGAGUUCGCUUUGUCGGGUUGGGGAACAAUAAUCAAAGUCCCUCUGAGUUGAGCGCGGGGCGGAGCUCCCCUCUCGCACACGUGGAGGAGGUUCUGGAGAAGCAAUUAGGCUCAUUGGACGAUCCGCUGGGCGGGUCUCUAUACCCAAAGGACUUUCUGGGUUUCCCCAGCACAUCACCAUUAUACAAGCUCUACCUUCGACAGCUUCUUUCCAUAGCAUCGGCAACACCACAUGAAACUUUCCGACAUCCAGUGGCCAGUGUUAUUGCCAUCAGCUCGCGCAACAGCGCCCCUCUGGAAAGUCUCAGACGGCUUUAUGCCGACACCAAUAAUGGAGACAAGAAGGUGCCCGACUGGAUUAAUCCCGAGUAUCUGCGAUACUACGUACUCGUGCAUGAUGAGGAUCGGGACGACAUCACAGAAUCAACAAAGCUAUACGACCAAAUGAAACGCCAUUUCGGACUGCAUUGCCAUCUUCUGAGGCUGCGCAGCAAUCAGUGUGUUGUCACCGAUGACGAUAGUGUACAAGUGCCCGAAUGUGAAUGGCUCUCGCCGUCAGAACGUUUGUUCGGACGGACAGAACCGUUAGUGGACCUUGAUACGGAAGGCCUUCCCCACGUCUUUGAGUCGGAUGUGAUGGCGAUCAAAGCAUUUGUUCGGGAACUAGUCGCGCAGUCAGUCGUGCCAUACAUGGAAAACAGAGUAGCUGUUUGGAACGACCAAGUAGCGUCUCGCAGACGUGGCAUUAGCGGAAGAUUCAUGUCCAUGUCACGCCGAUGGGCUGGGUUUGGAUCUGGCUCCCGGUCGAGCUUGACCUCUGGUGGAGCAAGUGGCAACUACGAUGUCGCUCAUGGCUACUACAGAUACGACGCGCCCGAGGCUGUUCUACGGAAGAUGGCUGACUUUGCUUUCAUGCUCCGCGACUGGAAGCUUGCGGCGUCGACGUACGAGCUUCUCCGAUCUGACUAUGCGAACGACAAAGCUUGGAAGUAUCAUGCUGGUGCCUACGAGAUGUCUGCAGUCAGCUUGCUUUUGAGCCCCUCGUCAACGGGAACCAAAGUCAAGAUCGAUGGCAUCGAUCAGCUCCUUGAGACGGCCUCUUAUUCCUACCUGACCCGAUGCUCGGAUGCGCCCAACGCUCUGCGCUGCUUAACUUUGGCUAUGGAGUUACUAAAAUCACGCGGUGGCUCGGCGGUGGAGAGCGCGGCUAGAUGGGCCAUGCGGGUCAUGGACCAAGGUCUAGUGGGCUCAACCGGUCAAGGUCUCUUCAGCGAACGCAUCUCGGCCUGUUACGCGGCGCGAAGUGCAGUGCCGGGCAUGAACUGGGGUUCACGUCGUCGCAAAGCCGGAAUGUGGAGCGUCUUCGCUGCAGACUUAUGGCUUCGGCUGGGAAGACCGUCCUUGGCCUCGGCAGCCCUGGAGGAGGCGGAGCGCUUAUAUGCCGACGUCUUACAGGGUGACGGGGCGUUCCCGAUGCCAGAGAUGCAGACUUUCAUUGACAACCUCAGACACGCCGUGAAAGUUGAGUAUCUCGAGGCCAGAGGACUGGACACGAGAGACGAGGCAGCUACCGCAGCAGCUUUGGGGACUGAAGAGACGAGCGAACAGCUAGACCGACGCAAGAACCGAAAGUCGCUGAUCAUGAACCCUUUGGAUUCGGGAAUUUCCCCGACACAGGGUAUGAGGGAUAAUGACAAUGCAGCCGAUGAUGACUUUGAACGAGCUUAAAGAUUGGGACGGAAGGCCGAACGGGCGCACGAAAGGGUAUACAUCGUUAUAGACAAUGG